AGUAUUCUCCGUAACUUGCGAAAUUAUUCUAAUCAAUCAUUUCUUCUAGAACCACCAUGGUCACACCGAAAAAACAAAAGAUCAAGACGCGUAUGUGCACUCCUUGCUUUAUUUCCCUUUAUUCUUUUUUAUAGAGACCAAUCUCUUUCGAUUAUGUUAGAUGGUUCCGCUACCCUCUUCGCAGGAAAAGGAAGUCCUAUUGGCCUUGAUAAUUUUAGUGAGAUUUUGAAUUGA